ACGAACGGCGCAUUACUACUUCUCUUCGCCUAAAGUGCACCGGCAUACGAACGUAGCUCCGCGUAUACAAAAUUUGCAUUCCAUAAACUGCAUUGAAAUGGCAACUAGCGAGAAAAACAGUGAGGAUCAGCUUACUUCACCGGAGUGGUUGAACGUGGCAUUUUUCGAAAAUAUUCUAAAACAAGUCGAAGCUGAAAGCGCGAAGGUGACCAAUUUAGAGCUGAAACCGGGCACAUUGCAAAACGAUAACUACGCUAGUAUUUUGUACCGAGCCAAAGUCAACUACACACUGCAAUCGCAGCCAAAGCAAGAGAAGACCUCCUCGUUCAUAUUAAAAGUCAAACCUUUCGUAGAAGGCCUUAAGAAAGAAAUGCUUGGCGAUAUGCAUUUAUUCCAAACUGAAACACUCAUGUAUACUAAAGUGUUGCCAAAGAUCGAGAAGGUGCUAAGGCAAUAUGGCGACCAGACCAUUUUGGCACCAAAGCUCAUCGCCAGCAGCGCCAGCCCCACGCAGACAUAUGUGAUGUUUGACGAUUUAACAUUACAAGGUUACACCACUGUUGGAACUCGGCACAUAGAUUUGGAUGAGGGGAAAAUUGCCAUGCUCAAACUAGCAAAACUGCAUGCGAUCAGUUAUAAAUUGAAUAAAGAGGAGGCAAAUGCUGUCAUCACUUCCUUGGACAAGGGUUCAAUGAAUUCUAUUGACCUCGAAAAGUUUCCAUUUAUUAAGCAUGGCAUUAGAUUGCUCAAAGAAGUCCUAAGUGAACACAUUGAUCUAAAACAAUUUGUGUCACACAUAGAGUCGGUCGAGCAUUUACUACUGCCAAAAACGCUCGAGUUGUUUAACGCGCACAGCAAUGGUAAGCGAGAUGGCAUAUUAGUGGUUAACCAUGGUGACUUUCAUUUGAAGAACAUGAUGAUCCAAAAAGUUGAUGGCAAACUAACUGAUCUUAUGCUGUUUGAUUAUCAGAUCAGCAUAUUUGGGUCGCCGGCAAUUGAUCUGCAUUAUGCGUUCACGAUGAUGUUUAGCCCCGAAAUGCGGCGUGAUCACUACGAUGAGCUCCUUAACUUUUAUAUCAGCAAUUUUCAGCAGACGCUACGCAAAACGGAAUUCAAAGGCCAUAUACCGACGGAUAUUGAAAUUCGACAAGAAUUGAAAAAGCAUAAAUAUUGGCAACUGUUUUUAUUCCUUACCUUUCUAAAAAUCAACCAUGCUUUGGUCGAAGAAGAUGCAGACCUAGCAGGGAUCAUUGAAAAUCCAGCGGUACAAAAACAAAGUUUACAAAAUCCAAAAUUACUGAAAGAGUUACGAGAGCUGUUGCCGAGAUUUCUGGAAAGUGGUUAUUUCGAAUUAGAGUAAUACUUAAAAAUAUAUAUUACAUUAUUUCUUACUGUUAUCUUUAAACGUUGUUCUUAUUGCAAAAUGUGUAUCCAGUUUUAGCAAUCUAUGAAUAUAUUUGUGUGUGUAAUGUGCGAGAUAUAAAUAAAAAAGAUUCUGUGGUUCAUAUCCUG